AUGUUCUUGAAACCAAUGGACACUGCUGCUUCAGAACUUCUUCGCCACACCCUCCUCAGCGACCUGGAAUGUCCGGUGUGCAGGCAGUACAUGUUACCACCGAUCAGCCUCUGUGUUAACGGCCACAACAUCUGUAAGAGCUGCAAACCUAACAUGAAACACUGUCCAACCUGCAGACACCCGUUCACAACCAUCAGAUGUCUGUCCCUCGAGAAACUUGCUGCUGAAUUGGAUUUUCCCUGCACAUACCAGACUUUAGGAUGUAAGGAAACAAGGCGAGCAAAACUCAUCACGCAACACCAGGCACUGUGCCCCUAUGGGACAUUUAGUUGUCCACUGCAGUGCAGGGUCAGGCUCUCUCGAGAAGCUCUUGUAAAACACGUCAAAGAGAAACACGAGCAGGACAUUCACGAAUGGAAUGAACGUGUUCAGUACGUCAAGAUUCAAAAUUACGAUGUCACGAAAAACUACACACAAGUAAUCCUCGCCCACAAUGAAGUUUUCGUUCGCUCGAUUAAAGUCAUUAAUGACAUAUGGUAUUUUCUAACACAGUAUAUAGGAACUGAGAAAGAUCCUGGCAGAUUCUAUUACACCGUUUCAUUUGAUUCUAAGGACCAUGAGGAUACAUUCAUCAAGAUCACUCAUGGGUGUCGAAGUGCCAACGAGGAUGAAAAUGAAAUCUACAGCACAUGUAAAUGCAUCAUGUUGCCAGUUGAAGUAAUAAAAUAUACCGUGGUUGACGGAGAAUUGAGUUACUAUUUCCAGAUUAAAAGAAAAGCCUAG